AUGGGGAACCAUGGCUCUAGCCUGGAUUAUAUCCUAGCAGAGGACAUGCACUACUGGUACAACAGAUUCAUGAAGGAGUCCCUGUCUGAACUAAUAACGCUGUUCGAACUCAAGGGCAUGCUGGGUCUGCAGGGAAUGAAUGAGAAGGCUGCCAGCUAUGUGGACCAAGUCUUCUUCACCUUCGACAUGGAUGGGAGCGGCGCACACCGCAACUGGAUCCAAAACACCUGCCUCCAUCUGGUGUCGUUACACAGUCGUUGCAAGCAGAGUAGAGCUUGCAGGUUUUUUUCAAGGCCAUUUUACAUUGCUACAUACAUUUUCCCGGUCAAUCUACCUAGGGGUAGUGACAAGCUCUACAGCAGCCUUGCGCAACUCAAUUGCUGGCUGUUCUACCCGUCGCAGGAGAAACCCAUCUCCCCAUCUCAGCAUGCUUCCAAAACCAAAAGGAACUCUGCACUGAUUGAGAAGCUGCAGGGGCACAUUAUCUCCCAUCCCCCCUCCAUCACACUCACCCUUUUGACCUCCAGCAACUUUUAA